AGAGACGUGGCAGCGGAGGGAUAAUCAGGCCGGACCUGAAGGGAGCGGAGCUGCAGCUACCGGAGUUGGUGAGCUCAGUCCCCGGCCUUCCGCGCUUUUCAUUACCGUACGCACCGGUCACGAUCGGCAUCGCGGAGGUUCGCGGACAUCCAGAAUGUGGAUCGGUCAUGGGACUUUGCAAGUGCCCCAAGAGGAAGGUGACGAACCUGUUCUGCUUCGAACACCGAGUUAACGUCUGCGAGCACUGCCUAGUAGCCAAUCACGCCAAGUGCAUCGUGCAGUCCUACUUGCAGUGGCUACAAGAUAGUGACUACAACCCCAAUUGCCGCCUGUGCAACACACCCCUGGCCAGUCGGGAGACCACCCGUCUUGUUUGCUAUGAUCUCUUUCAUUGGGCCUGUAUCAAUGAACGUGCUGCCCAGCUACCACGAAACACAGCGCCUGCAGGCUACCAGUGCCCCAGCUGUAAUGGCCCCAUCUUCCCCCCAGCCAACCUCGCUGGCCCAGUGGCUUCAGCACUGAGAGAAAAGCUAGCCACAGUCAACUGGGCCCGGGCAGGACUGGGCCUCCCUCUGAUCGAUGAGGUGAUAAGCCCAGAGCCCGAGCCCCUCAAUUCCUCAGACUUCUCUGAUUGGUCCAGCUUUAAUGCCACCACCACCUCUGUGCAAGAGGAGAGAGCCAGCACUCCAUCUGCGCCUGCUUUCUAUAGCCAGGCUCCCCGCCCUCCUCCCUCCCCAAGCCGUCCCGAGCAGCACACAGUCAUACACAUGGGGAGUACUGAAGCCCUGGCACACGCCCCAAGGAAAGUAUAUGACACACGGGAUGAUGACCGGACAGCAGGCAUUCAUGGAGACUGUGAUGAUGACAAAUACCGCCGCCGGCCUGCUCUGGGCUGGCUGGCCCAGCUGCUCAGGAGCCGGGCUGGGUCCCGGAAGCGGCCACUGACUCUGCUCCAGCGGGCAGGGCUGCUGCUCCUGUUGGGGCUGCUGGGCUUCCUGGCACUCCUCGCCCUCAUGUCUCGGCUCGGCCGGGCUGCAGCAGACAGUGAUCCCAAUCUGGACCCGCUCAUGAACCCUCACAUCCGUGUAGGUCCUUCCUGAGCCCUUGCUUGUGUUUGGGCCAGCUUAGGACCUGGAGUCCUGGGGAGAGAAGGUGGGGAGGCUUGAGGCCUUUCUCUACUCCUCUCCCUCAGUCCUGAGACACUAAGAUCCCCUGGGCCAAGUCAGUUGGAGGCUGAGGCUGCAAGGCCAGGUGUGUAGCCCUUUUGAUCAAAUUGGUCUUCACCUGCUUGCCUCUGAGGCUCCAUCCUUCUACUUCAACCCUCAGAGGAGCAGACAGGUGCAAAUAAACAACAGACUUUAUUAAA